AGCACCUUUUUUUUUAGUGUUGGUGACGGGAUGCUGUUCUCCACCAUGAACAAGUCUAAUCGGUUUCGGAUGAGCAGUUUUAAAAUAUUUGAUUUAAUGUUUAAUCAGCGGAACAUUCAUGAAUUAACAUGUCGGUUUGCUGUUGUCCUUAUUUUAACCUGCCAGUGUCUGGCAGACGAUGGAUACGAGAUGGAUGACUUUUUAAAAAGGGAGUACUCGCUUACCAAACCAUACCAAGGGUUGGGCUCCUCCAGUUCCUCUUAUUGGGACCUGAUGGGCAAUGCCAUGAUCACCACUGAGCAUGUGCGACUGACCCCCGACUUGCAGAGCAGACAAGGAGCAGUGUGGAGCCGCGUUCCCUGUUUCCUGCGUGACUGGGAGCUGCAGGUGCACUUUAAGAUCCACGGCCACGGGAAGAAGAACCUGAAUGGAGAUGGAAUGGCUCUGUGGUAUACCAAAGAACGCAUGCAGACCGGUCCUGUGUUUGGAAACAUGAACCUCUUCACUGGCCUUGGAGUGUUUGUGGACACCUACCCCAAUGAAAAUAAGAACCAUGAGAAGAAGUACAAUCCAUCGACUCAGAGGGUCUUUCCAUACGUAUCUGGGAUGGUGGGGAACGGGACUCUGGCUUAUGAGCACGAUCGGGAUGGCCAGUCCACAGAGCUUGGCGGGUGCACAGCCCUGGUGCGCAACAUCCCCCAUGACACCUUCCUCCUCAUCAGAUACACCAAAAACCGACUGACGAUACAGAUAGACGUUGAUGGUACACAGAAGUGGCAGGACUGUCUGGACCUUCCAGGGGUACGUCUGCCUCGGGGCUACUUCUUUGGAGCCUCCUCUGUUACUGGAGACCUGUCAGACAACCAUGAUCUCAUCUCUAUGAAGCUGUACCAGCUGACUGUGGAGCGUACUCAGGAGGAAGAGGAGGAGGAAGAGCUCACCCCCAGUGUUGAUAACUUUGAAAACUUGAACAAAGUGGAGGUGCAAGAAGAGGGGAUGAGUGGAGUCCAGCUCUUCUUCACCAUAGUCUUCUCUGUCAUUGGUAUCUUUGUACUGGGGGUGGUGGCAGUGGUCAUGUAUGGGCGCUGGAAGGAGAACAGCCGCAAACGCUUCUACUGAGAGGGAGAGCUGGGUAGUCUAUGGCUCUAUCCCAAAUGGCACCCUAUUCUCUUUUAUAGUGCACUACUUUUGACCUGGGCCAAUAGGGGUCUAGUAAAAGUUGUGCUCUCUGUGGGGAAUAGGGUGCCAUUUGGGACAUAAUCUGAGGGAUACUCUGUGAAGGAGCACGAAUGAGGAUAUAGAUUUUUAAACAUACAACAAACAUGCUGUCUGCCAUUCAUAGUUUUACUACAUAACAAUCCCCUUACCUCAUUAAUACUUCAACUGCGACAAAUGGACCGUUCUCGGACCAUCUCGGCCAAAAUAAAUCAAAUGUGACCCCUUUUUUUUAUGACAUUUUUUUUAUACUGUGAGAUGAAUCUUUUUUGCCUUUUGUUUCACCUUAGUGUUGAACGUAAAACCCAACGCUAGCUAAUGUAGGGAAGGAGACAAUGACCUGUGAAUUGCUGACACUGUCAUCAGCAGACUGCACUGGCUUAUAUGCAGUGUGCAUGAUGGCUUCCAGCCUAUCUGUCAUGUUCGGCCGUUGAGACUUCCGAAUUGUUUGCGCUGACAUGAAAUGCCCGUGAGAAGACUUAUAUUGAGCUGCCAUAAUAACUAAGUAAUGAGAGAGAGAAUUGUUCUCAACUAAAGUACCUAGCUAGGGCCAGUUUAAGACCAGGGCCAUCAAGAUAGUAAUGAAUCAAAUAAUAUUGAUGGGGGAACAGAUCCUAGAUCAGCAGUCCUACUCUGAGAUGUGUUCUUGAAUAUGGGCCCAGGUAUCGCUUAUUGCAAUGUACAUGCUCAUCCUCUAGCUCUAUGUUUUGGUUCAUGAGCUAACUUUGUGCUGUAUUGCUGUGCUGUAACUACCAUUUACCUACAGUUGACAUACACUUACCGUAGGUUGAAGUUAUUAAAAUUAAUUUCACUUAUAAUUCACUGUAUCACAAUUCCAGUGGGUCAGAAGUUUACAUACACUAAGUUGACUGUGCCUUUAAACAGCUUGGAAAAUUCCAGAAAAUGAUGUCAUGGCUUUAGAAGCUUCUGAUAGGCUAAUUGACAUCAUUUGAGUCAAUUGGAAGUGUACCUGUGGAUGUAUUUCAAGGCCUAACUUCAAACUCAGUGCCUCUUUGCUUGACAUCAUGGGAAAAUCAAAAGAAAUCAGCCAAGACCUCAGAAAAAAAUUGUAGACCUCCACAAGUCUGGUUCAUCCUUGGGAGCAAUUUCCAAAUGCCUGAAGCUACCACGUUCAUCUGUACAAACAAUAGUACGCAAGUAUAAACACCAUGGGACCACGCAGCCAUCAUACCGCUCAGGAAGGAGCGGUGGCUGUCUCCUAGAGAUAAAUGUACUUUGGUGCAAAAAGUACAAAUCAAUCCCAGAACAACAGCAAUGGACCUUGUGACGAUGCUGCAGGAAACAGGUACAUAAGUAUGUAUAUCCACAGUAAAACGAGUCCUAUAUCAACAUAACCUGAAAGACCGCUCAGCAAGGAAGAAGCCACUGCUCGAAAACCGACAUAAAAAAGCCAGAUUUUCAACUGCACAUGGAGAAAUGUCCUCUGGUCUGAUAAAACAAAAAUAGAACUGUUUGGCCAUAAUGACCAUAAUUUAGUUCGGAGGAAAAUGGGGAGGCAUGCAAGCGAAGCACACCAUCGCAACCGUGAAGCAUGGGGGUGCUUUGCUGCAGGAGUGACUGGUGCACGUCACAAAAUAGAUGGCAUCAUGAGGAUGGAAAAUGAUGUGGAUAUAUUGAAGCAACAUCUCAAGACAUCAGUCAGGAAGUUAAAGCUUGGUCGCAAAUGGGUCUUCCAAAUGGACAAUGACCCCAAACAUACUUCCAAAGUUAUGGCUUAAGGACAGCAAAGUCGAGGUAUUGGAGUGGCCAUCACAAAGCCCUGACCUCAAUCCCAUAGAAAAUUUGUUGGUAGAAAAAGCUUGUGCUAGCAAGGAGGCCUACAAACCUGACUCGGUUACACCAGCUGUCAGGAGGAAUGGGCCAAAAUUCACCCAAUUUAUUGUGGGAAGCUUGUGGAAGGCUACCCGAAACGUUUGACCUAAGUUAAACAAUUUUAAAGGCAAUGCUACCAAACACUAAUUGAGUGUAUAUAAACUCACUGGGAAUGUGAUGAAAGAAAUAAAAGCUGAAAUAAAUAAUUCUCUACUAUUAUUCUGACAUUUAACAUUCUUAAAAUAAAGUGGUGAUCCUAACUGACCUAAGAUAGGGAAUUUUUACACGGAUUAAAUGUCAGGAGUUUUGGAAAACGGAGUUGAAAUGUAUUUGGCUAAGGUGUAUGUAAACUUUCGACUUCCACUGUAUCACACUUUACAGACCAUUGGAUUGUUUUCUCUGAAACGCUCUACCCUCUUUUGUAAGUUGUUAGACUGUUGUCCACCAGCCAUCAUCUCAAGCACAGAUAUCAAAACCGAUCAUCUCACCUGUGGCAUAUAGAUAUAUCUAAAAAAUAUAAAUGCAACUAUUUUACUGAGGUACAGUUCAUAUAAGAAAUCAGUCAAUUGAAAUAUAAUCAUUAGGCCCAAAUCUAUGGAUUUCACAUGACUGCGCAGGACCAGCCAAUCAGAAUGUGUUUUUUUCCCCCCAAAAAGGGCUUUAUUACAGACAGAAAUACUCCUCAGUUUCAUCAACUGUCCGGGUGGCUGGUCUCAAACGAUCCUGCAGGUGAAGAAGGUGGAGGUCCUGGGCUGGUGCGAUUACACGUGGUCUGCGGUUGUGAGUCCGGUUGGACAUACUGUCAAAUUCUCUAAAAUGACGAGGCGGCUUAUGGUAGAGAAUUGAACAUUAAAUUCUUUGGUAACAGCUUUGGUGGACGUUCCUGCGGUCAGCAUGCCAAAUUCAUGCUCAACUUGAGACAUCUGCCAUUGUGAUGUGUGACAAAACUGCACAUUUUAGAGUGGCCUUUUUAUUGUCCUCAGCACAAGGUGCUAUGUAAUGACGUGCCACAACUGUCAGGUGGAUGAAUUACCUUGGAAAAGGAGAAAUGCUCACUAACAGGGAUGUAAACAAAUUUGUGCACAAAAUUUAAGAGAAGCUUUUUGUGCAUAUGGAACAUUUCUGGGAUCUUUUAUUUCAGCUCAUGAAACAACACUUUACAUGUUGCGUUUUAUAUUUUUGUUCAGUAUAUUUAUUCUAAUUAAUAAUGUCAACCUAUAUUUACCUUUUAUGAUUGAUCAAAUGUCUGUUGUUCACCUGUGAAGUUUGUUGGUUGUUUUCUAUGUUGACAAUGUUUUUUAAACCAUAUUAUUGUUAUGAAAAACUGUACAUUGUCCAUCCACGGUGUCAUUGAGCCUCGUGGCUAAACUGUAAUUCAAAAAUAAGUUAAAGUAUCCUAACGGUUGGUUUGUAAUCAGUUACAUUACCAAUCCUCUCCAGGCACUUAUUUUCUGGUUCCUUACCUGGGUCGUAUUCAUUAAUGCAAACCGUAGUAAAACUGUUUUGCAAUGGAAACGGCUUAGAGCAUUUGGGUAAACGGUUAACAUUGCAAAACGUUUUGCUACGAUGUGCUCAAAUGAAUGUCAGUCUCUAAAAGGUUAAAGGUCGUACGUGAGAGUCCAGGGCCGGCCCUGGGCAUAAGCGACAUAGGUGGUCGCCUGCUGUUGAACGCAAUAUCGAAAUUUGGUUGUGCAUCAGUCGUUUUACUCGUGUCAUUCACUUAAUUAGCCCAUGGCAGCAUAAAUGUUUUUGGGGGUAAAUUAAUCUGUCCAGCUAUCUAUGUCUGAAUUACUGACCGGGAACAAAGUGCAUGUGCCCAGGGACCUCAUUUAACAACCAUGCGUACAUUUCUUACUAAAUUCUGGCAUUUGUGGAAAUCUAGAAUUUGCAUGCGCAACAAAUUGUUGGGGUUUAUCACACUGUGGCAGGCAACAUACUGUGCACGUUGUUUUGAUAAAUAAGAGCCAUACUAUGUUUGUUUGCGCGCUACAACCCCGCCUGGAAACCGUCCUCCUUGAACAAGAGUUUCUAAAAGAAAGCACAAUGGCAAAUUUGAUCACAUUUCUGUAGAGGUGUGGGCAUAAAGUUUUUAUAUUUUUCAGAAAAUAAGGCAUGCCGCCUAUAGCAAGUGCCAAACACUGGAUAUACUGUCCUUUUGCAUAAAAUAAGCAUAUUAGACUUCAUGGUGAUUUGUGAUCUCCUUAUUAACUGCAUCUGUUUUAUCAUUAGGCCUACUUUUUAAUGUUUUUAUUAACCUACCAUUGUUAUAAUUCCCGUGCAUCAAAUACCUAAAUUUUCCCCAAAAUAGCCGUAUUUGCUUGCAAUACAGUUGAUCAACCACUAGUUGUGUGCGUGGUUUGAGAUUUAUGUGUCUAUAGGCACACUAUCCUGUCAUGUUCAAAAUGGAUAAAUACCAACCUUUGCGGGAAAACUGAAGUAUGCAGGUCUGGAGGCUUUUUGUUGUUGUGUGCACACACCUUGAUAAAUCAAGCCCCAGGGUCCCUGACCUCCAGGGAGCACCCAUUUGAUUUUGUUAGUCACUCAAAUAUCAUAUUUAUGGGAAAAUGUGUGGGAUUUCAGCAAAUUCCUUUUAAAAUGUCAAAAAUGUCUCUCCGCCUCAUGGCAGAAUGUAUAGAAUUGCGAAAAACGAGCAUUAAAACUGCAACGUUUUUUCUACACCCCAUGUCAAAUCUCCCCUAGGCCCCCCAAAAGGGUAGGGCCGGCCCUGUGUGAAACUCCAGCGCUGUAUUUCUGUCAGUUCAUGAUGAAGCUCGAGUAGAUAGGGCCCGAUGUGCUGUUUUAACCCAAAAUGUUUACUUUAAUGUUGACAUCUAUAGUUAAUUAUGUUUGGGACUGUGUGGUAUGAGAGUAAUUUAUUGUGUCAUAAAACAUCUUGAAGCGACACAAACUUGACUAUUUCAAUCUUUAUUUUGGUGUAAUGAAAAUGUGAAUGCUGUUUGGCUUCUGUCAAAAUGUUAAAUUCUUGGAAAUCUACCGUUGUAAAAUAUUAUCUUGUUGGUCUAUAUGAGGAGAAUGUGCACUGUAGUGCUCUUGUGUCAAAUCUUUUUGAAUAAAAAUGUAUAUGACAUUCUU